GACACCCACCCACCCAUCGCACCCCACCACCUUUCCCAAAGAGAACCAAAUCCCUCUCACCACUGAAAAGGAAGCGAAGUCGUCGACGAUAUUCGCGGCAGCGGCGGCCGAAAGCAGAGGCCAAAGCAGCUCUCCCAGCGUCGUACGUAACAUUAGAACUUGGAUUUCUCAGAAUCUGUUCUGGGAUGUGAAAAGAGGAAUUUUUGCAAUCGAGGGUUCGAUUGUUGAGUUAAAAAGAGAAAGAUGGAGUCUUGCAAUUGCAUUGAACCGCAAUGGCCAGCUGAAGAGCUGUUGAUGAAGUAUCAAUAUAUAUCAGAUUUCUUUAUUGCACUGGCCUAUUUCUCUAUUCCUUUAGAGCUCAUCUACUUUGUUAAGAAAUCUGCCGUGUUUCCGUAUAGAUGGGUGCUUGUUCAGUUUGGUGCUUUUAUAGUUCUUUGUGGUGCAACUCAUCUUAUUAGCCUUUGGACUUUUAGUAUGCAUUCACGAACUGUGGCUGUUGUGAUGACUACUUCCAAAGUCUUGACUGCGGUUGUGUCUUGUGCCACUGCGCUUAUGCUUGUGCAUAUUAUUCCAGAUCUUUUGAGUGUUAAGACUAGAGAGUUGUUUCUGAAGAAUAAAGCUGCGGAACUAGAUAGAGAGAUGGGUUUGAUACGUACACAAGAGGAGACGGGUAGGCAUGUGAGGAUGUUGACUCAUGAAAUCAGAAGCACUCUUGACAGACAUACUAUAUUGAAGACUACUCUUGUUGAGUUGGGUAGGACAUUGGUGUUGGAAGAAUGCGCAUUGUGGAUGCCAACUCGUACUGGGUUGGAGCUUCAACUUUCAUACACUCUUCGUCAGCAGAACCCAGUUGGAUAUACUGUACCUAUCCAACUUCCGGUGAUCAAUCAAGUAUUCAGUAGUAACCGUGCUAUGAAAAUUUCACCAAAUUCUCCGGUGGCUAGAAUACGGCCUUUUACUGGAAAAUACAUGCCUGGAGAGGUGGUUGCUGUUCGUGUCCCUCUCCUUCAUCUCUCUAAUUUCCAAAUUAAUGACUGGCCUGAACUUUCUACCAGGCGCUAUGCUUUGAUGGUUUUAAUGCUUCCGUCAGAUAGUGCAAGGCAGUGGCAUGUUCAUGAGUUGGAGCUUGUUGAAGUAGUUGCUGAUCAGGUAGCUGUUGCUCUGUCACAUGCUGCUAUUCUAGAAGAGUCAAUGAGGGCAAGGGACCUUCUUAUGGACCAGAAUGUUGCGCUUGAUCAUGCCAGGAGAGAAGCAGAAACAGCAAUUCGUGCUCGCAAUGAUUUCUUGGCUGUUAUGAACCAUGAGAUGAGAACUCCUAUGCAUGCAAUUAUUGCACUUUCCUCCUUGCUGCAGGAAACUGAGCUGACACCUGAGCAGCGUCUAAUGGUUGAGACAAUUCUUAAAAGUAGUAACCUUUUGGCCACUCUUAUAAAUGAUGUAUUGGAUCUUUCAAGGCUUGAAGAUGGCAGCCUUCAACUUGACUUGGGAACUUUUAAUCUUCAUGCCUUGUUCAGGGAGGUUCUUAAUUUAAUCAAGCCAAUCGCAUCUGUUAAAAAGUUGCAUGUAACCUUAAAUUUGGCUCCGGAUUUACCAGAAUGUGUCGUUGGUGAUGAAAAACGACUAAUGCAAACUAUUUUAAAUGUUGUUGGUAAUGCUCUGAAGUUCUCCAAAGAUGGAAGCAUCUCAAUCACUGCAUUUGUUGCAAAAUCAGAAUCUUUAAGAGAUAGUCGAGCUCCUGAAUUUUUUCCAGUGCCAAGUGAUGAUCACUUUUAUUUGCGUGUACAGGUAAAAGAUGCCGGACAAGGAGUUAAUCCUCAGGAAAUUCCCAAGUUGUUUACAAAAUUUGCACAAACUCAAACUUUGGCAACCAGAAAUUCCAGUGGCAGUGGACUUGGCCUUGCAAUUUGUAAGAGAUUCGUAAAUCUUAUGGAGGGACAUAUUUGGAUUGAAAGUGAAGGUUUAGGCAAAGGAUGUACAGUUAUCUUCAUUGUAAAGCUUUGCAUUCCUGAGCGCUCAAAUGAAUCUAAGAGUCCAUUCCUACCUAAAGCAAAUCAUGGGCAGGCAGGUUUUCCAGGACUCAAAGUUCUUGUCUUGGAUUAUAAUGGGGUUAGCAGGAUGGUGACCACAGGACUUCUUGUUCAUCUAGGGUGCGAUGUGACACCUGUAAGUUCAAUUGAUGAGUGCCUACAUGUGGUAUCUGAAGAACACAAGGUGUUGUUUAUGGAUGUGUGCAUGCCUGAUGGUUUUGAAGCUGCUGUCCGUUUACAUGAAAAAUUUACAAAACAUCAUGAAAGGCCGCUAAUAGUGGCACUUACUGGAAACACAGACAAAGUGACCAAGGAGAACUGCAUGAGGGUCGGUAUGGACGGUGUUAUACUGAAACCUGCAUCUGUUGACAAGAUGAGGAGUGUUUUAUCGGACCUCCUCGAACAUCGGGUCCUGUUUGAAGCCAUGUAAGUGGUAGUGAUAGGAAAAACACUAAUUGGAGGGAAGCAAAAACUAUAAGUCAUCUUCUGCGCUUUUUUGCCUGUAAAUACCGUACAGUAUUGGAUCAGUACAGUGAAGUGGAGCACUGGAAAGAACAAUACGUCCUUGCUUAAAGCUAGUUCAUGUAUUGUUUUGUGCAGCUACAUGUAAAACCCCAGGCAGCAAAAACAGUCCCGAAUUCGGGGAGAUCUGUGUCUUUGAAAAUUAUUAUAUUUUUUUUGGGGUCAUGGAGUGAUUUGUAAAACAAACUGCUGCUAUCAUAUCAUAAAAUGAACUUCAUUUUGAAUGCAGAAAUAUCAUUUGACA